AUGCCGCCCCGUCAGUGGAUUGAUAAGAAGAAUGCGAGCACAUUCCAGCUCUUCCACCGGCCUCAGAAUGACCCGCGCAUCAACGAUCCUGAAGCCGACGACCGCGUCCUACACCAGGUCAGUGGUCCAGCUCCAGUUUCCUCUGGAGCAUCAACUACUUCAUCUAAGCCCCUUCGAAACCUCGCCGAUCUCCAGACCGAAUUCAAGAACAAUAAAAUCCGUCAGAAUGAGGGCGAGGCCGCCAACCAUGGUAUCUACUAUGACGAUUCUCGGUACGACUACAUGCAGCAUUUGCGUGAACUAGGUACUGGUGGUGGCGAUGCCUACUUCGUGGAGGCCAAGGUAGAGAAGCCGAAGGGCAAGAGCAUGAAGCUGGAGGAUGCAUUGCGCCAGGUCUCCCUGAAUGAUGAUUCGCAAAGCGCAUACGGUGCCAGCGAAUAUGGCGAUAUGCGCUCGAACUUUACAACAUACUCUCGCAAGCCCACAUACCAGGACCAGCAGAAUAUUCCUGAUGCGAUUGCCGGAUUCCAGCCUGAUAUGGACCCGCGACUUCGCGAGGCCCUCGAGGCCCUGGAUGACGAGGAAUACGUGGAUGACGAUGAUGAUGACUUUUUCGGCGAUCUAACAGCCAAUGCGGAGGAAUUGGAGCAGGGAGAUUGGGAGGAUACAUUGUUUGAUCACGAGGAGGAAGACGAGGGUUGGGAGUCGGAUGCGACUGAGAAGGCGCCUGUGCAAAGAGACAGUACCGAUGUUGAAGACCGGGAUGUACCAGCACUGAACAAGGAUGUUCCGCCUGGUGAACUACCCGAGCACGAUGCACCUGCUCCGGAUAUGCACCCAGCGGAUCAAGACUGGAUGCAGGAGUUCUCCAGGUUCAAGAAAGAUGCCAAGGCUGGCAAGGCUCCUGCACCCGCUGCUCCCACUAUUGCGCCCUCUGAGCAGCAGACCACUGCUUCAACUGCUUUCACAAUCGGAGGCACACCUAUUCGCCGGAAGAAGCGCAAGGGCGCCCUGACCAACCCCUCCGCCUACUCCAUGACAUCGUCCGCUUUGGCACGUACCGAGGGACACCGACUCCUGGAUGACCGGUUUGACAAGGUCGAGCAAAUGUACGCCCUGGAUGAAGAAGACGAGUAUGAUGACAGCAUGUCUAUGAUUAGUGGUAUGACCGGUGCCACUGGAAUGACCGGCCUGUCUAUGGCAUCGUCCCAAGCACCCAGCCUCGUUGACGGCAACGGAGCAGCUGUCUCGCGCAGUGACUUCCACAACGUCAUGGAUGACUUCUUGGCCGGCUGGGACGACAACACUGGCCCUCAGGCGAAGCGAAAGGGAGUGAAGUACAAGCGUGGUAAGCACGGAAAUGAGGCUAUUGGCAUUCGUAUGCUCGAUGAAGUCCGCUCCGGUCUUGGUCCAGCUCGGUUUUCCAGCAAACCACGCGCUUAG